GCAAAAACAGCAACCGAAAGGGAGUUUCAAUGUUCCAGCACACAACCGCAGAUAUCUGUUGAACUGAGUCAUGCAAAUAUAUCUUUUCAGAUUAUCAGGGCACAUUCUGUUCUUUUAUGAUUCAACAGUUUGAUGUGUCUCUUUCUGUGUGGAGGCUCCUGGAUCAGACACACCCGACUGAUCUGAAGAUUAUGAUGAUCUAAAAUAAUCAUAAAUGCAUCACUGUAAACAUGAAAUAGUGGUUUUGUUUGUUUGUUUUUUUUUAUUUGUUUUUGUUUUGAUGUCCUAAAAACAUCUCUUUAAAGUCAAAGUGAAAAGACAUUUCUACAAAGUAAAGAAUAAAUUAGAAAUAAAUAAUGUAAAAUAAGUGAUUGCUUGAGUAAAAAGCAAUGAAAUGAGUAAAACAUCCGUGGGGGUCAAUGCUUGUUAGGCUCUGUGUGUGUCCAGCCUCCUCGUCCUCCUCAGGACGGAGAUAAAUCCUCUGCCUUUGAUUGACAGCGCUGCCAUGACGACCCCGCAUCAGCUGGAAGGUUGUCCAAUCAGAAGUCAGAGUGAGGGUCCCUCCCUGACUCCCAGGUGAGCUAAAGAGUCAGACUUGAGCAGCCUCCUCGUCAGACUGUUUCAGAGACACGCUUCGUCUGGUCUUCGGCCUCGCUCUGUCGUCCAGAUGGUGUUCAGAUCGCCACUCGACUUUUUCUCAGCCUCCCGGAUCCUCCUGCCCCACUUCGCUGAUGGGCCCCCUGUCCUGGCCCGGUCCCGGUCCCCGGAGGACCCUCCCUCCGCCUGUCCUCCCCUGGCUCUCCCUGGACUGUGUUUCUCCGCGGCGCAGAUCGCCAGCGUCUGCGAGACUCUGGAGGAGACCGGGGACGUGGAGCGGCUGGCCCGCUUCCUCUGGUCCCUCCCGGUGACCGCAGACGGCCGUGACUCCAUCUCCGAGCACGAGUCGGUGCAGCGGGCUCGAGCCGUGGUGGCCUACCACACGGGCAGCUUCCGCGAGCUCUAUCACAUCCUGGAGACGCACCGCUUCACGCGCGCCUCGCACGGGAAACUGCAAGCCAUGUGGCUCGAGGCGCACUACCGGGAGGCGGAGAAGCUCCGGGGGCGGCCGCUCGGACCGGUGGACAAAUACCGCGUGAGGAAGAAGUUCCCGUUACCGAGGACCAUCUGGGACGGGGAGCAGAAGACGCACUGCUUUAAAGAGCGCACGCGGGGGCUGCUGAGAGAGUGGUACCUGCAGGACCCGUACCCCAACCCCGGGAAGAAGCGGGAGCUGGCGCACGCGACCGGACUCACGCCGACUCAAGUUGGGAACUGGUUCAAAAACCGGAGGCAGAGAGACCGAGCGGCUGCAGCCAAGAACAGGUUGCAGCACCACCGGAUGUGUCCAGACGGAGUGCGGUCGUUCAGCGGAGGGGAGUGCAGUCCGGAUGAAGGUGGCGAGCGCGCCGACGGAGAAACUCUCCUCUCAGUAACAGACAGUGACUCCGACUUGGACGUCUGACACUUUUUAAAUCUAUGAAAAAAAUGGACCUUCAGGAGCCCGUGAAGCUUCUGGCGUGGAUUAACCAGAGAGAGGAGGAAGAGGAUGCACGCAGACCAAACGGCUGGUCAGGGUUUGCAAUAAAUGUUCAGGGCAUAAAUCAGCUCCUUGUUAAAGAUUUGUUUUAAUAGAUUUUAUGUCUAUGCUGCUUGUUUAUUGAUCACCAGCUGCAGAAUCAGACCCACAGUUUUUAUUUUCAACGUCCUCUCUGGAUGGUGAUGCACAUCUGAUGACCCUCAUUUAACAGACAUCAAGCCAUGUUGGACUAAAACUGAGGACCUAAACAGACCCGUCAGUGACAUCAUUAUUCUUAUUUUCUCUAAUUGUUUGUCAUUUAUUUUAUUUUUUUCUAAAUAGAACUAGUACUUUCUUUAGACCCCCGGAUGUCCACUGCUAUAGACAAUCAUCACGCACUGAAGCCUACCUCCCUGUUCGACUCUCUCUUUUUCUUUUUUGUUUUCUAGUUUCUUUACCUUCUCGUCAACUUUAUUUGAAGUUCACAGAGUUCAGUGUGCAGUCCGUGUGUGAUGUCGUACUCUAUGUUCA